GAGAAAUAACCAAGAAAAAAUAUCGAGUAUAUAAACAUCGAACAAAUCGAUAGUAAAAAUCAUCAUUCAUUCAUUCAUUUUUCCAAUCGAAAAACACGUUCAAAGAACAAAAAAUCAAAAAUCAACUUUUUCAACUUUUCAAAAAUGUUUUCGAUUUCAGUUUUUGUUUUUGCCAUUAUUGGUUUGGUAUCAGCUACAUAUGGUUCCGGUGGCGGUGGUGGUGGUAGUCAUUAUGAUCAUUCAGUUGAUGCUGCUGUAAAAUCUAAACAUUCAGUUAGUCUAUAUCCAGUACAUAGUAGUCAUGAUCCGGGUAAAACACCGGUUGUUGAUAUUAAUUCUGGUCCAUUACCAUUAACAUUGCGUUUUAAUUCACAUUCAUCACAUAUUAAUGCUAUACAAAAGCAUUUUAGCCAUCCUGGCCAGGUACAAAAACAGAAUGCAAUCGAUGAACCAGAUCUAUUGAUACAAAACAUUAAGAAACCGGUAAUCCAAGAAGUACGUGAAGUUAUUGCACCAUAUCGACAUCGUACACAAGAAGUAAGACCAGUUCGUGAACGUAUUGAAACAUUGAUUGCUAAAGGUCAGGAUGGUAUGAUUGGUGGUGGUGGUGGCAGUAGUGGUGGUGGUGGUCAUGGAUAUGAACCAUCCAAACAUGUUCCAUAUCCACAAGAAGGAUAUUCAAAAUGAUUAUAAAAAACUUUGAUGAAACAAAAAUGUAAACAAACAAACAAAAAAAAAAAACUCCAGA